AUGGAGAUAGCACCGCGCAGUGCCGUGCGGCCAAAGGCCGCGACGUCGAACGCCGCUCCGCGGCUUCGAGCGGUCCGGGCUGCGGCGCCCGCUUUCAGCUCCAACUGGCGACAGGCUGCAGGAGCACUCGCUGCAGCUCUGGCGGGCCGGUGGCGCUUCAAAGGCGCCCUGCGUCGGGGGCACGCGCUGCGCGCUUCAAAGGAGGCUCAGGAAUGUGAAGUGCUGGAACUGGUCAACACGGACCUGUGCGACGGUGCCCCGGAAGCGCCGAAUUUGGCGAUUCACGAGUCGGAGUUUCGACCUCCCAACGAGCUGGACCUCUUUAUGAGAGCCGUCCGAUACUACGCGGAGUGCUCUGGGUUGUUGCUGAGCUACGUGCCGGUCUACGUGAAGAGCUCCAUGGAGGGCCAUGACGCAGGCGCGCGGCGCCCGCCCGAAAGUCGUCUCGGGCGGAAGUGGCGCCCCGAAGGGCCAAGAGGUUCCUGGACGGAGGUGUCCGAGGCGUAG